CGUUCUCGUCACCAACAAAUCUCAACCCUUUCAUCAUUCUUCUUUUCAUCCACCUACACCUCUGCACAUACGCGCUUUGAUAUACCAUCUUGCGCCGUUCUAGUUGCGUAACUUAGCACUUGAAGUAUCAUAAGCUCUCAUUAUUUCACGUUUCUAUCAUCAGAGUCAGCUUCCAACCAUACGGAAUGAUCGCCACCAUGUCGGAGGAAUCUGAUAUUGAAGACCGCGUCGCAUCCGAUGAAAAUGACAGCCCUGGUGAAUCCGACUCCGAUCGAUCUGAUAUUUCAGACGCCAACGGACUCCUGGAUAUGGAAGCCAUAGAAUCUGAUGAUCAAUCCGAAGAUUAUGAUGAUUUCUUAUUAGAUACCGCUGAACCAUUGUAUCUACCUGGGUACAAUAAAUUGCCACAAGAACUUCGCACACUUAUCUGGGAAUAUUUCGAUCCACUCAUGAAGGCAAAAGCAAGAGUAUUCGCGCUUCGGGCAUACAGUCCUGACGAGAUUUCUGACAGCGCCCUCCUCGCAUCUCAAACAAAACCAGCCAGAACUAUUAUGUCCAUUAAUAGCGAGUGUCGACAACUCGCCUUACCUUUCUAUCCUAAUACCUUAGAGAUGACUAAUGAACGCGGCCUCAUCCGUUACCGCGAUAAUACAGAUAUAAUUCUUCUCGAAGUCGCCACACCUAAACAGAUAGAGGCUUGCUGGUUUAAUCUUAAGUGCCCUAGUCUUGUCGCUUUCAACGAGAACCCCCUCAACUGGCACUGGGAGGAUGAGACACUAAUGCCCCGUCUAUUCCAAUGUUUCCAAUCCUAUGGCCUGCCAAUCACCGAGCUAAAAUGGUGCGCUUCCAAUUUGACUAAUACGUUCUAUCAUCGUGAAAAUGAGGAGUAUCAAGGCAUAAUCAACGAAAUAGAGAUUGUGUACUGUUGGCCAGGGGAUCACUGGCCAGAGAACUCCCUGGACGACAUCCAUCCUAUUGCUUGGUAUUCUAAGCAGCCUAUUUAUCCUCUUAUCGAAGUUUCUGGUGAAGACAUUCCCCGCCUUGAGAAGAUGCAAGCGGCGGUGGCUGCUGGAGAUGCCCUAGAUUCAGGUUCCGAUGAUUCUGAAGAAGAAUCUGACGUUGAGGAUGAGUACGAAAGUGAGGGUAUAGAUGAUGCGACGAUUGGUAGUGACGAGGAUCAAUCUGAGGAUGACGAUUUGGUGGUGCAAUCUGGUAUCGAGGACAAUGAAUCCGUUUUUGAUGGAUUUUCUCCUAUCCAAGACGAAGAUCCUGAGCUCCUUUUAGGAAAUGGUUCCCAGGAAGUUGGCAACUUUUCUAGUCUCGAGCCUGAGUCCCCAAGUCAUAACAGUGAACCGGAACAAGACAAUUCCGAUGAAGGACCUACACGGAAGAUUAACCGACGCAAGCGUCGCAUUGUAUCUUCAGAUGACGAAGAAGACAACGAAGAAGAGGAAGAGAAAGAAGGAGAAAGGGAAGAAAAGGAAAAAGAAGAAAAAAAGAGAGCUAAGACAUCAUCGCGCUACAAGCGCCGUCGAGUUGUAUCUGAAGAUGAGGACGAAGGCGAUAAUGACGACGAAGACGAAGAGCCUAAACCAAAGUCUUUGUUGGAGAUCAUAAGCCAGUCACGCCAGGGGUAUCUCGAGCAGGACUCGGUCUCGACAAUGUCAGAUCGGAGUUCUAAUACCGAAGUGUCGAAGGAAAACACCAGCUCUGAGGAGGACGGUGCCGAGCUCCAAGAUGACGAGGUUGGGGAUGAAGAUGAGUUCCCGAGCUUUAUAGGCGCUUCUGAAGACGAGGGAGAUGAUGGAUGGUAAUCGUGCACAGCUGCGUGGGAAAUACUACAGGGAUACGUGCCACAGGGGUUACGUAAUUGCAUUGCACUGAGGCGUUCGGGGAUCUGUGCCUUAUAAAUCUGGAUUUAGGAGUGGCCUAGGAUGGAUCAAUACACCUUUGCCUAUUUGUUUUUCAAUACGCAUACCGAUACUCAAAGAUAGAUUACUACGAGUUCCCAAUAAAAAAUCACCAAUGCUGGCCAAAAAA